AAGCAGCAACACUCAAGAGAACGUCAUUUGAAUUUUGGACAUGGUGUCAGUGGGCUUCCAGAUGCUUGGUGCCGCACUUUGCGGCCUGGGCUGGAUCGGGACCAUCAUUGUUUGUGUCCUACCCCAGUGGAAGGUGACGGCCUUCGUAGGCCACGCGAUUUUGACAGCGCAGACCAUAUGGGAGGGCAUCUGGAUGAACUGCGUGUUUCAGAGCACGGGACAGAUGCAGUGCAAGGUCUACGACUCCCUCCUGGCCCUGAGCGCAGACCUCCAGGCCGCCCGGGCCCUGAUCGUCAUCUCCAUCCUGCUUGGCGUGCUGGGGUUGCUGCUGUGCGUGAUGGGCGGCAAGUGCACCAACUGCGUGCAGGACCAGGGCACCAAAGUCAAAAUCUGUGUGGCAUCCGGCGUGGUCUUCAUCCUGGCGGGGGUGCUGUGCCUCAUCCCCGUGUGCUGGACAGCCAACAAGAUCAUCAGGGACUUUUACAACCCGCUGUUCCCGUCCAGCUCGAAGAGAGAGCUGGGGGCCUCCCUGUUCAUCGGCUGGGGGUCCUCGGCCCUGCUCAUCAUCGGCGGCGUUCUCCUGUGCGCCAACUGCCCGCCCAAGGACAACUACAACCCCAAGUACCCGCCUAGCCGAGCGUCUGCACCCAAAGACUACAUUUGAGUGGUCCUGCACCUGCCGACUACCAUUUCAUUGUUGACUGUAAAGUAGCCAAUGUUUACAUUUCUCUUUCGUUUAUCAAUUCCAUGUUUUUGUACACUCAGUUUCAUUUCUUUGGUUUGGAUUAUUGUGUAAAUAAAAUGUCAUAAUGAUUGUUCCUUA